AUGAUUGGCAAGAAGCGAAAGAGUGUAAAGCUAAAGCACCUUAGAGGAGCGCUGAAGGACUUGCUAGGUAACGAAGGUAAUUCUCUGAAAGGUAAUGACAGUUCAAGGUUAUCGCUUAGGAAUGAAAGCAAAGCUGAGGCUGUCACCGAGAAGAACGGCGUAAUCUAUAUCAUGUCCAAAGAAAGUCAAUUAAUACCGAAACUGUCAGAUGCAGAGGUGCUGGAACGCCAUAGAAGGGCAGAUGAGAAUAUGAGGCAAGCUUGGGCUGAAAUAAUCAAGAAAUACGAGGGUUUAGAGGAUCAGGGCGAUGUGGUUGAUCUUACCACUGGAGAAAUCGUUGAGGAUAAUGGGCACAUACGAAAUUUAACUACGGAAAUUAAGAAUGAUGUGAAAGCAGGACAAUACAAAAGUGCUCUCGAUGAUAUUCUAGACGUUGAACCUCACCAGGAUAGUAUAUGGCGAGAUGAUGAGUCGGAAGGUAGCGAAGAAGAAGAAGCAGAUAUUGAGGGGGAGGAUGAAGAGACCUCAGAGGAAGAGGAAAGAAAGCAAGAGAAGGAUCACGAGGGAGAAGAUCAAUCCCAAAUAACAUAUAGUAACCCCGUUAUAGGACUUCAAGAUAAGACUUCAACGUCUGUUCAUUGA